GGACUGGGCCCAGCCCAUGCUCUCCAUAUAUAAGCUGCUGCUGGAGUCUGAUUCCUCGUCCUGCUUCUCCUCCCUCUCGCCUGCAGCCUCUCACACUCUCCUAAGCCCUCUCAUCUCCUGGAACCAUGGCCAGCACAUCCACCACCAUCAGGAGCCACAGCAGCAGCCGCCGGGGUUUCAGUGCCAACUCAGCCAGGCUCCCUGGGGUCAGCCGCUCUGGCUUCAGCAGCGUCUCCGUGUCCCGCUCCAGGGGCAGUGGUGGCCUGGGUGGCGCAUGUGGAGGAGCUGGCUUUGGCAGCCGCAGUCUGUAUGGCCUGGGGGGCUCCAAGAGGAUCUCCAUUGGAGGGGGCAGCUGUGCCAUCAGUGGCGGCUAUGGCAGCAGAGCCGGAGGCAGCUAUGGCUUUGGUGGCACCGGGGGUGGAUUUGGUUUCGGUGGUGGAGCCGGCAUUGGCUUUGGUCUGGGUGGUGGAGCCGGCCUUGCUGGUGGCUUUGGGGGCCCUGGCUUCCCUGUGUGCCCCCCUGGAGGCAUCCAAGAGGUCACUGUCAACCAGAGUCUCCUGACUCCCCUCAACCUGCAAAUUGACCCCGCCAUCCAGCGGGUGCGGGCCGAGGAGCGUGAGCAGAUCAAGACCCUCAACAACAAGUUUGCCUCCUUCAUCGACAAGGUGCGGUUCCUAGAGCAGCAGAACAAGGUUCUGGACACCAAGUGGACCCUGCUGCAGGAGCAGGGCACCAAGACUGUGAGGCAGAACCUGGAGCCGUUGUUCGAGCAGUACAUCAACAACCUCAGGAGGCAGCUGGACAACAUCGUGGGGGAACGGGGCCGUCUGGACUCGGAGCUGAGAAACAUGCAGGACCUGGUGGAGGACCUCAAGAACAAAUAUGAGGAUGAAAUCAACAAGCGCACAGCAGCAGAGAAUGAAUUUGUGACUCUGAAGAAGGACGUGGAUGCUGCCUACAUGAACAAGGUUGAACUGCAAGCCAAGGCAGACACUCUCACAGAUGAGAUCAACUUCCUGAGAGCCUUGUAUGAUGCAGAGCUGUCCCAGAUGCAGACCCACAUCUCAGACACAUCCGUGGUGCUAUCCAUGGACAACAACCGCAACCUGGACCUGGACAGCAUCAUUGCAGAGGUCAAGGCCCAAUAUGAGGAGAUUGCUCAGAGGAGCCGGGCUGAGGCUGAGUGCUGGUACCAGACAAAGUAUGAGGAGCUGCAGGUCACAGCAGGCAGACAUGGGGACGACCUGCGCAACACCAAGCAGGAGAUUGCUGAGAUCAACCGCAUGAUCCAGAGGCUGAGAUCUGAGAUCGACCACGUCAAGAAGCAGUGUGCCAACCUGCAGGCCGCCAUUGCUGAUGCUGAGCAGCGUGGGGAGAUGGCACUCAAGGACGCCAAGAAUAAGCUGGAAGGGCUGGAGGAUGCCCUGCAGAAGGCCAAGCAGGACCUGGCCCGGCUGCUGAAGGAGUACCAGGAGCUGAUGAAUGUCAAGCUGGCCCUGGAUGUGGAGAUCGCCACCUACCGCAAGCUGCUGGAGGGCGAGGAGUGGAGGCUGAAUGGUGAAGGCGUUGGACAAGUCAACAUCUCUGUAGUGCAGUCCACCGUCUCCAGUGGCUAUGGCGGUGCCAGCGGUGUCGGCAGUGGCUUAGGCCUGGGUGGAGGAAGCAGCUACUCCUAUGGCAGUGGUCUUGGCGUUGGAGGUGGCUUUAGUUCCAGCAGUGGCAGAGCCAUUGGGGGUGGCCUCAGCUCUGUCGGAGGCGGCAGUUCCACCAUCAAGUACACCACCACCUCCUCCUCCAGCAGGAAGAGCUACAAGCACUGAAGUGCUGCCGCCAGCUCUCAGUCCCACAGCUCUCAGGCCCCUCUCUGGCAGCAAAGCCCUCUCCUCAGGUUGCUUGUCCUCCCCUGGCCUCCAGUCUCCCCUGCCCUCCCGGGUAGAGCUGGGAUGCCCUCACUUUUCUUCUCAUCAAUACCUGUUCCACUGAGCUCCUGUUGCUUACCAUCAAGUCAACAGUUAUCAGCACUCAGACAUGCAAAUGUCCUUUUUAGUUCCCGUAUUAUUACAGGUAUCUGAGUCUGCCACAAUUCUGAGAAGAAAAUGACCUAUAUCCCCAUAAGAACUGAAACUCAGUCUAGGUCCAGCUGCAGAUGAGGAGUCCUCUCUUUAAUUGCUAACCAUCCUGCCCAUUAUAGCUACACUCAGGAGUUCUCAUCUGACAAAUCAGUUGUCCUGAUCUUCUCUUGCAGUGUCCCUGAAUGGCAUGUGAUGUACCUUCUGAUGCAGUCUGCAUUCCUGCACUGCUUUCUCUGCUCUCUUUGCCUUCUUUUGUUCUGUUGAAUAAAGCAUAUUGAGAAUGUGAA